AUGAAGUUCUCGUUCGCUCUCGCUGCUCUCGCCCUCGUCUCCUCUGCGAGUGCCGCCGUCACCAAGCGCGAGCCCCAGUUUGGCCGCGCUCAGCAGGGCCAGUUCGGUGGUGGCAACCAACAGCAACAGCAGCAGGCUGCCCAGCAAGCCGCUGCUCAGAAAGCCGCCCAGCAGGCCGCCCAGAACAAGAACAAGGGCGGCAACAACGGCGGUAACAACGGUGGUGCCGCCGCCGCCGCAUCUGCUUCCGCUGCUGCCGCCGCUGCCGCCAAGGCCAGCGCUACUGCCGCCGCCGGUGGUAACAAUGGCGGUAACAACAACGCCAACGGCGGUGACGCCCAGACGUCCACGACGCUUCUCCAGUCGGUCAUUGCCACCGGUUUCGCGUCGGACGGCCAGGAGACCCCUACCGCUGGCCAGGUCGCGUCGCUCACCUCGACGAACAACUUCAUCAACUUCUGCGCUACUACGAACCUUCCCAUCACGAACGGGCAGCAGAUCAAGACGGGUUCUUGCAACCCCGCUCCCAUGGGCAUGAUUGCGCCCCAGACGGCUAUGCCGGCGGCCAAGUUCGUCAACCCUCCCAACAUGGGCAACAUCGCCGCGAACACUCCCUUCACUAUCACGAUGGCCAUCAAGAACCUCCAGGCUGGCAACUUCGUCAACGCCCAGGCAAACUACUACUCGGCACCUCAGCAGCUUAACGCUCAGAACACCAUCAUCGGCCACUCGCACUUCGUCAUCGAGCAGCUCCAGAGCAUGACCCAGACGACGCCUCUCGACAACACCAAGUUCGCAUUCUUCCAGGGUGUCAACACUGCCGCGGACGCGAAGGGCAACCUCAACGUCGACGUCACCGAUGGUCUCCCCGCUGGUACCUACCGCCUCGGCUCCAUCAACGCCGCGGCCAACCAUCAGCCUGUUCUCGUCGCUGUCGCUCAGCACGGUCUCCUCGAUGACGUAGUCUACUUCACCGUCGGUGGAAACGGCGGUGGAAACGGUGCUGCUGCAACAGGCAACGGCGCUGCUGCAACAGCGGCCGGUGCCACCGCGGGCUCGAGCGCGGCCGGUGCUGCUGCUACUGCGGGCGCUGGCAACGCAGGUGCGAACGCCGGCAAGGGUGGCAACAACAACAAGGGCAAGGGCGGCAAGCGCUUCAGCGUCGAGCGCUCGAAGAGGCUCAACCGUCUCUAA